UGAGGCAUCAUGACACAACAGGUCAGUGGCUUACUGUUCUUCAAACCCUUCUUUCAGAAGACACCUGUCAGGGUGGACAACCCUCUGCAACAGAGGCGGCACACACUCCCAGCCAGCGAGUUCAGGAACCUCACACCACAGGAUGCCAUCAGUGUGUUUGAGAUUGAAAGAGAAGCAUUUAUAUCUGUGUCUGGAGAGUGUCCGCUUACCCUGGAUGAAGUUCUUAACUUCCUGGGUCAGUGCCCUGAGCUGUCUCUGGGCUGGUUUGAAGAGGGACAGCUGGUAGCUUUCAUCAUCGGCUCUGGCUGGGACAAGGAGAGGCUUUCACAGGAGGCCAUGACUCAGCAUGUCCCAGACAGCUCUACUGUGCACAUCCAUGUGCUGUCUGUGCACCGCCACUGUCGCCAGCAGGGAAAGGGCUCCAUCAUCUUGUGGCGCUACUUGCAGUACGUGAGCUGCAUGCCAGGCCUCCGUCGAGCUCUGCUGAUCUGCGAGGAUUUCCUCGUGCCCUUCUACCUCAAGGCUGGCUUCAAGGAGAUAGGGCCAUCAGCCAUCACAGUAUCUAACAUGCACUUCCAAGAGAUGGAGUACACUCUAUGUGGACAGGCGUAUUCACGGCGGAACAGCGACUGCUAGUCCUUCAGUCCUUACCCUGCACUCUCCACUCCACUUAUUUCUAACAUGGACUCUUGUCAAGCACAAAAUACUGCAGCAGGAGAAAAGAGGACACGAAUAUAGCUGGCCUGGGUUCGGUAUCCUAAUGCGUCCCCUGAUCCACUGACCACGGAGUUAAGUCUGUGUUAAGGCCUGAGGGGAACAA